AUGCUCGGCCGCCAGGACUUCUGCCGCGCGGGCGGCCUCUUGGCGCUCUUCCUGCUGGCGCAGUGCCACCCCCGCCCCGCUUCCGCAGCCCCGCGCCCCCGAGACAGAGGCGAGGAGGCUCAGCCGGAGACCCAGCUCGGGCCUCGGGGAGAGGCCGCUGAGGCCGUGGGAGACGAGCUCUUCCCGGACGUGGAGCCCGAGGCGCUGGCGGCGGUGCUGCUCCGGGCGAUCCAGCAGCCCGACGAGGAGGAGGAGGAGGAGGAGGAGGAGGUCCGCAGCCAGAGCCGGUCCAGCGCCGAGGUCCAGCCGGAGAGGAACCCCGCCCGGGAGGAGGACCAGGAGGAAGAAGAGCCGGGCCGGCUGAAGGACUUGUUGCGGGAGCUCCGGCGCUUCGGACCCGGCGCCGGGGAGGGGGAGGCGGCCGCGCGGAGGGGGGCUUGGCGGGCCCGGGAGUCGCCUCCGCCCCGCGAAGCCCCCCGCGGAGACCGGGAGGAAGAGGCGCCCAGGCUCAAAGCCCCCGCCAAGCGGCGCGCGCCCUCCAUGCCAUCUGGGCCGGGGGCGUCGUCGCCGCCGGGGGGCGAGGAGCCGUGGUCCGGGGCGCGGAAGCUCCGUCAGCAGCAGCACCUGGAGCACCAGCUCUUGCAGCGGCGCUACGAGGAACUGGCCGAGAGCCGGCGUCAGGCCGAGGAGGCGCGUCGGGCGGCGGCGGAGGAGGAGCGCCUGGCGGACUUGGCCUCGGACCUGCUGCUCCAGUACCUCCUGAAGGACGGCGAGCAGGACGAGGGCGAGGAGGACCGGGACCAGGACCGGGAUGAGGAGGGCGGCGGGGCGGCGGGGCGGCGAGGCGGGUCGCUGCUCUUCGAGGACGAGGAGGCCAACGUGGCCGAGGACAAGCGCUCCAACGAGGCGGCGGCGGAGGAGGAGGACGAGGAGGACGAGGAGAUCGACCCUAACACCAUCGACCGCCUGAUCGAGCUCUCGAGCCAGCUGCACCUUCCGGCCGACGACGUGGUGGACCUCAUCAACGAAGUGGAGGAGAAGAAGCGCAAGAAGGACUUCCAGCCCCCCCGCGCCAAGGCCCGGGUCCCGCCGCUGGCCCCUCCGCCCCCGAAGCCCAAGAAGGCCCCCCAGCCUCAGCCGCAGCCCCCGCCAUUGCCCCCGCCCCGCUACGCCCCCCCCGGACUCUCGCCCUACCGGCCCCGGCAGCCCCCGCCGCCCCCCCGGAAGCCCCUCCAGCCCCGGCGCCCGAAGCCCGAUGAGUCCGCCUGGAACGAGAUCCUGAAGACCGAGGGCGAGUAUCCAGCCCCGCAGUGGCCCCCCCGCAAGCUCUCCAACGCCAUCAGCCCCUGGACCUUCCGCCCGCGCCCCGGCCCCCUACCCGGCCCCCUGGUGCCCCGCCAGGAGCAGGAGCAGGAGGAGGAGGAGGAGGACCAGGAGCUGGAGAACUACCUGGCCAGCGUCCUGGGAAAGCAGCCCGGGCUCUUCCCGUGA